CGGGUGAGAAGUAGCUAGAAAACAAAAGAGAACACGCAGUCGUCCUCGCGAUUUGGUAUGCUCUUGCAGUGUUAUAGGAAUGCCCAAGGAAAAAUAUGACCCGCCGGAUCCCAGGCGGAUGUACACAAUUAUGUCAAGCGAGGAGGCAGCCAACGGGAAGAAGUCAUACUGGGCUGAGCUGGAAAUCAGCGGCCGAGUAAGGAGUCUCAGCACGGCCCUUUGGUCUCUCACCCACCUCACUGCCCUGCACCUCAGUGACAACUCAUUGUCACGCAUCCCGCCAGACAUUGCCAAACUACACAACUUGGUGUACCUGGAUCUCUCAUCCAAUAAGAUCAGGAGCCUGCCGGCAGAGCUCGGCAACAUGGUGUCUCUCAGGGAACUGCUUUUAAAUAACAACCAGUUGCGGGUUCUGCCAUUUGAAUUGGGGAAACUGUUUCAGUUACAAACACUGGGGUUGAAAGGAAACCCACUUGCACAAGAAAUUAUGAGCCUCUACCAGGAACCUGAUGGCACGCGGAGACUGCUCAACUACUUGUUAGACAAUCUGGCAGGGGCUAUCAAGCGCAUACCAACAGAGCAGCCUCCACCUCGGUCAUGGAUCUCUCUUCAGGAACCAGACAGAACACGGGCAUCUGCACUGUUCUCUGUGAUGUGCUACAACGUGCUGUGUGAUAAGUAUGCCACACGACAGCUGUAUGGCUACUGCCCCUCUUGGGCUCUAAACUGGGAGUACAGGAAGAAGUCUAUCAUGCAGGAGAUCAUGGGCUGCAAUGCAGACAUCAUCAGUUUGCAGGAGGUUGAGACAGAGCAGUACUACAAUUUCUUUUUGCCUGAGCUGAAGGAGCAGGGAUAUGACGGGUUCUUCAGUCCAAAGUCACGAGCUAGGACCAUGUCAGAGUCAGACCGCAAACAUGUGGACGGAUGUGCAAUUUUCUACAAGACAGACAAGUUCAGUGCAGUGCAGAAGCACACUGUGGAGUUCAACCAGCUGGCUAUGGCUAACUCCGAGGGCUCAGAGGCUAUGCUGAACAGGGUGAUGACCAAGGACAACAUUGGGGUAGCUGUACUGCUUGAGCUCCGCAAAGAAAUGAUGGAGGCCUCCUCUGGAAAGUCGCUGCACGGCAUGGAGAAACAGCUGCUCCUGGUAGCCAAUGCCCACAUGCACUGGGACCCAGAGUACUCUGACGUCAAGCUGGUCCAGACCAUGAUGUUCCUGUCAGAGGUGAAGAACAUAGUGGACAAAGCCACACGCAGCCUCAAGUUGUCCUCUGUCUCCGGUGAGACCAAUGCCAUUCCACUGGUGCUGUGCGCUGACCUCAACUCCCUGCCUGACUCUGGCGUUGUGGAGUACCUGAGUACUGGCGGAGUGGACUGCACCCACAAGGACUUCAAGGAGCUUCGCUAUAGCGACAGUCUGACCAAAUUCAACUGCAAUGGCAAGAACAGCACAUCCAACGGCAGGAUUACCCACGGCUUCAAGCUGAAGAGCGCUUACGAGAAUGGCCUGAUGCCUUACACCAACUACACCUUCGACUUCAAGGGUGUCAUCGACUAUAUUUUCUACUCCAAGCCUCACGUGAACGUGCUGGGUAUCUUGGGCCCCCUGGACCCCCACUGGCUCGUAGAGAACAAUGUCACUGGCUGCCCACAUCCCCACAUCCCCUCCGACCACUUCUCCCUCUUCAGCCAGCUGGAGCUGCUCCUGCCCAACUUGCCCCCCCAGGUCAAUGGGCUCCAUCUGCCUGCACGCAGGUAGUGAGUCCCUGCCACACCACCAGGGGGAGCUGCAAACCACAGCCUCUCCCUUUUCAACCCUCCUCCCUCCCACUACCAGCUCUUCCCUCCACCACAGCGGAGGAGGAAGACAAAAACACAACCUGUAAAAUAUUCGUACAGUGAGGUCUGGCCGACAGGGAUUUCGUAUAAUGUUAUAGAUAUUCUAUAUUUUUCUUUUUUUCUUUCUCCGUUUUUCUUUUUUGUUCUUUUUUUAACUGCUCGAUUCAGUCCAGUUUGUGUAUCAUAUUUUGUGUUUUGGACUCCCUUUCCUCAGAUCCACCCACUCACCCACCCACUUCUGCUUCUAUCUUUCAAACUAGAGGGGAUGGUAGCUCAUUCAGAUUUGCCACACAGGACAUGGUUUGGUUUAAGAGAAAGCAGCUGCAGGGACGACAUUCACCUGAAAAGCUUCAUAGCUGAUGGUCUGUCUGUCUGUCCUGUAAAAAAUCUGAAACCAGCAAAGACAGCAGACGUGUCAGUCUCAGACCUCCCAUCAUUGGCUUGUGCUCGUUUUUCCCCCUAUACUCUGGGCAGCCAGCGUUACUUCCUCAGUCUUUGUAGGAUGAACACAUUUGUUGAGUUGUAUGUGGAUGGGUUAGAGCAGCUAUAGCUUGUAGUUAUGCGUCCCUGGAGGUGGAUGUAGGGCAGCUCCUAUGAGGUGAGAUUUCCUGCUGUCAUUCUGUGGUGCUGAGGCCUUCUCGUGUGGUCAUGGCCUCCCGUGGUGCUACAAGAUAGUCUACACCUCUUGACCCCGGCCCUGGUGCAUUAGCUACCAAACCCACACAUGCCUCAAGAACGAGACGUCCGAGAACUACAUAGCCUGAUUUUUACAUUGGCAGUGUUAAUCUGUGAAGGAAGGAGGUUGUGAGAAACUGGGAGCAGCUACCAUCCUGUUCUGCAGACUGUUUUCACCCAAGCUUGUAUAGUUGUUAGGCUAGUCUUGUGCUUAGGAGCUCAUAUGGCCCACGUACCAUCUUUUUUUUGGGGGGGGGGGGGGUGGGCGGGGGGCAAGGGAUUUAGGCUGAUGGGCAAAGAGAUUGAGGGUGGGGAGGGGGCUUUCACAAAUUGUUUCUUUGUCUCGAUUGCUUUUAGGCAGAGAGAGCGAGUAAUGGAUGAUACGCAGGAGUAAAACCAGCAUUCCUCUCACUGUCUGGAGUUGCCAUCCAGCUCCAUACGUGCAAACAUAGACACACACACACACACAAAUACACACACACACAUCAUUUGCAGGCAGAUCUGUAGCACUGUCUCCGAGGCCAGUAGUGACUUUCCCCAGCCAUAAAUUCCAUACACAAAAAGCAGUGGUUUUUUUUCACAAGUGUUUGUACAGAAUAGAAAAUCUAGACUCAGUCUUUACAUGAUUGUAUAUGAACCACAAAAGACCUGUUUUCUGGCGUUUUUUGUACUAAGAGUAAAUUAUGAUCAGAUUUGAAAAAAAAAAAAAAAAAGAUUGUAUUGUAAACUAUGGCUAAAUUUUUAUCCAGUUAAUGUUAAGAUGAAUUGAUAUUACCAGCUUGUACAAAAGACUAAGAAGAGGUUGUUCAAGGCGUUCGCUAUCACUACUUUGCACUCCCCAAGAUAAACUGUAAUUAAUGUAUCAGUAUUGUUUUAUUCCUCCCCUCCCCUCCCCUCCCUCCUCACACCCCUUCUCUCUCUCUCUGCUGUUGAUUUGAUUUGCCGGCAUAUUGCUGCAAUUGUAAAUAGACACCGAGUAAACUCUGCCUGUUGCUUCUUGCCCAUUUAACAAAGCCAUUGAUCCACACUGCUGCCAUCAGUUUAGAUUAAAAAAGGACACACAAAGAUAAGUCACAGCCCACCAGUGGCACCACAUCUGUUUUAUCUAUACAUCUCUCACACAAACCCACCAGUGGCGUGUGAUCGAUACAACCUAUACGAAAACACCACAUGUACAACAAAACAUUGUGCCUCACUGUAGCAGUUGUCGUUGUCUUGCACUAUUUACAUUUGCGGAACGCCUGAACAACCUUUUCUCCUUUUAUUUUUUAAUACUGUUGAGACAUUUGUGAAGAUUUUAUGUCCUUUUUUUUUUUUGGUUUUUGUUAAUGUUGAUUUCCUUUUUUAUGAGCUGUGACAAUGUUAUGAUGAUGUGUAUAUCCUUCCUAUUCAUUGAGCUCUCUAGUAAUCAGGUAUGUUUUCUCCACUGACCCCCCCCCCCUCCUCCCCCCGCUCUUAAAGGAACAUGAGUAGGAUGUCUUUACCUUUUAUGAAUCCGCUCUCUUGGAUUUUGUUUUGCACCCUCUUUGUACUUGUACCAUGCCCAGGCCCCCCCCCCCCCCAAAACACACCGGUAGCUCCUUUUCCCCUGGCCAUAGAUCCCAAGAUAUGAUUUUUUAAAAAUCUCCCCAAGUCUGUCCAUCACCCUAAUACCCCUCCCACCCUCAACCGCCCGACCUCAGACUUAACCUGCCCUCUAUAUUACUUGAGCUGUGUUUUUUUUUUUUUUUUUUUUUUAAAUCCCUUUGCUCAACCACUUUGUAUAGUUCUCUUGCGCUCGUCACUGCAGCUAUAGUGCCAUCUGUGGACCCUCCCCCUCCCCUACCUCUGUAUCAGAAAAGAUGGAAAUCCCACUUUUUGCUCUGCUUUUUUGUUUUUUUGUUUUUUUUUUGGAUUAACAAGGGAUGAGGGGCAGUGAGCUCAGCUGUUUCUCUCUGAAGGCCAGGCAAACACGUUGCUAUGAAUCCAAUUUGUCACAUCCCACACUAACGAGUGAGACGAUUACUUUGAACGCUUUUCCACAGAUACAACCAAUGAUGAGCACUUAAUAGAUUCAGAUGCAGCUCCCCUCACUCCCUGUCCCAUUACAUAAGUGAAUAAAGAUUUUAAAUGUACAUGUUUAAAUUACAUUUUUAAACCAAGAGGGAAGCAGUAAAGUAAAUAGGAAGUAUAAAUUUAGUCCUCAGAUCAAGUUUACUUGUCCCAUUUGUUUGCCCCCCUACAUGUUUGUUUUUUGGGUUUUGUUUUUUUGUUUUAACUUUUUUGUUUUCCAAUGAUUUUCCUUUUUAUUUUUAUUUUUUUUUUCUUGAAUGGCAUUAGUAUUGUAGUAGAUUUAAAGGCUAGCUUUUUUUGUAAAGUGUGAAUAAAAGAUGUAUCUCAUGUUUCCUUUCUAAAAAGAUAUUGAAUUGUGUUGUUGAUGUAUAAAUCAUGAAUUCUAUGAUGGUGUUAUGUUUGCUACAUUGUUUUUACUUUUACUCAAAUACUUUUUUUCCUCCCCACCAUAUACUCUUCUCCCAUCACAAACCAAAUCCUUUGUAGAAAUCAUGAGACCUGGUCUUGAUAGGUCAACUCGAGAAAUUGAAUGUUGCCUCAUAGAAUGAAGGAUUGCGCGCUUAUUGGGGAGGGAAAAGCACCUGCAUUGUCGGUAUCAGUUCAAACUUUCAACACAGGGAUAUUGAAACUUUUUGGGUUUUUUAAUUACUUUUCAGCUUUAUUUUGGAUGUUGCAUGGCACUAGCUGGAGAGUGCUAGUGUCUGUAGGUUAGGACAGCAGAGCUGUCUUACUCGUGGCUAGAAAACACUGUUCUGACUGGUGUAAAACGUGUUCGUAAGACUAAGCUAAUGAUGUGCCGCUGGUCGCUAGACUGGUCCUGUGAUGAUUUUGAGUACUUCUAGUCCAUCUCACGCUGUUCUUGUGCAUCACAGUGGUUAAAUCUGUAACACUAGCAAGCUACUAUUGAUCGUCACUGAUUUGACUUUUAAAUCUUUCCGUUUUUUUUGACGACCCGUAACCCUUCCUGUCAUCACCCUCUUGUUAAGUCAGACUACGGCAUCUAUCUUCUCACAGAUCAGAGUUAUGGCACUCUGCGAACUUCAGCAAGCGGUCAUGAUGUUGGCUUUGUUACCUUUCCACUGUUUCAUUGUGUUUCAUAGUUGGCUUGUUCAGCAUAAAGUGGGGUUUUUGUGUUUUUUUGUUUUUUUUUUCCCAGGCUGCAUCUCUUUGUAAUGGUGCACACCAAAGCUGCUUGUAGGUCAGUUCUUUGUCGUAGAGUGAGUUGUUUCACCAACAUUUUCCAAAUCAUAGUCUUCAUGAAACGUAGGGCUGUAAGGAAAGCAAGGUACUUUGGUCCUUCUCCUUGAAUCACAUGAACACCUCGCGUCUAUGCUCAUACUCGUCGCUGUUGUUGGGAGUUUGGUUUCUCAAUGCAUCCUCUUUCCCAAAAAAAACCAACAAAAACAACUUGGCAAUAAUACCCAGACACAUUCAGAAGGGUUUUUUAAAAAUAUUUUAUCUGGAAAAAUGUAGCUAUUCCAUUUUUCAAAAAACUGUGGUUGUUUUUUUUGCUUUUUAAAACUUCUCCUCAUCCUGACCUUCCUGACCUUUGUGUUACCUGACCUUCCUUUUUUAAAUGCCCACCCCCCCCCUCCAUUUAUCAUCCAUCUUGUAUAUUUGCUCCAUCUCCUUUUCCCUGCCGAUCUAGUGGUAGUUGUUCAAUGAUCAGGAUUGUCUUAUCUGUAGUCAGCUGAGUACAUGUAUUGAUCUGUGUCACUGUGUUUAUGCACUGGACCAACUAUUGUUUACCAUUCAUGAAAUACCAGCAAAAAAAAAAAAAAAAAAAAGAAUAA